AUGCUCAUUGUCAUCUCUUUAUGCCAACAGUGGGAACUGCUAUGGUUUGCGAUCCUCACCUUCACCUUCUUCCUCACCCUCACCUGGUUUUAUUUCUGGUGGGAAGUUCACAAUGACUACAAUGAGUUCAACUGGUUUUUAUAUAAUAGAACAGGACACUGGGAUGACUGGUCCAUUCCAAUCCUUGUCACUACUGCUGCAGGAUUUACGUAUAUUACAGCACUCUUGAUAUUAGCACUAUGCCACAUCGCUGUGGGACAGCAGAUGAACUUACACUGGCUUCACAAGGCUUUCCUUGCUGCUGUUCUGAUUGCUACAGUUGUAGCUAUGGCGUCCAUAGAACAAAUGUGGGAAGAAGAAUGGGGAGUCCUAUUAAUUUCCUUCCAGGCGACGGCUCCAUUUUUGCACAUUGGGGCCCUGGUUGCCAUUACUAUGCUGGCGUGGAUCAUCGCCGGUCAGUUUGCACGGUCAGAAAAGGCCGUGUUCCAGAUUUGUCUCAUCCUGGCAUAUUUGGCUGUAGUCAUUGCACUGUACCUUGUCCCCCUCACCAUUUAUUCCCCAUGCAUCAUGGACCGGAAGGAUCUGGGGCCAAAGCCCUUGAUCAUUGGCCAUCAAGGUGCACCAAUGCUUGCACCAGAAAACACAAUAUUGUCUUUUAAAAAGGCGCUAGAACACAAAACUUAUGGCCUGGAGGCAGAUGUCAUGGUAAGCCAUGAUGGGAUUCCAUUUCUCAUGCAUGAUAGCACACUCCGACGAACCACGAACAUCGAACGAGUCUUUCCUGAGUUGGCCUCCGAACAAUCAUCCAUGCUUAACUGGACCAUCCUUGAGAGACUGAACGCCGGGGAUUGGUUUCUGAAGACCGACCCCUUCUGGACAGUCAGUUCCCUUUCCCCCGUUGAUGUCACUGUGGCUGGGAACCAAUCCGUCUGCAGGCUGACUGAGCUCUUGGAGUUGGUGAAGGAAAGUAACGCGUCCAUCCUACUGAAAGUCCACUCUGUCCCAUCUGACCAUCCUCACUAUGGAGAUUAUAUUAACAUUACUGUCAACACCGUCCUACAUUCUGGAGUUCCACAGCAGCAGGUUGUCUGGCUCUCUGAUCAUGAGAGAAAUUUAGUCCGAAAUGCUGGCUCCAGGAUUCCAGCAGGCCUCCAGUGUGAAGAGAGAUCCACAAUACUUGGACAGAGACAUCACCUUCAUGAACCUGAGGUAUACUGA